AUGGCCAAUUUAGAGGUGGCUCAUGACUCUCCCGUCAUCUCUAAUAAAAAAUUUAGAGGAAUCCUCAAAUCUUUGGUAAUUCGUUGUCUUCGAAAGGGACUCUUGAACUAUCUGCUCCAAACGUUCUUGAACAUCUUCCGGAAGAAUCCGGAUACACUUUUCGAGUUGAGAGAAUAUCUCAAGAUGGAGGGGAAGUGGAUUUUGAGCGUCGAGCAGUACUUUGAACUCUGGCGCAUCUUCAGCGAGCACACCGUGCUCACUGGCGAAAAGGUGCUUCCAAAGCUCCACGAGCAAAUCUGCGCUAUUCCAAUCAAGUCCAACACCCGCAUACAAAACGUCAAGCUCAUCGAAGCCUAUCUCCAGAAGACCGAGGCGAUUCUUCAGGAAGAGAGCGACAAGGAGAAGUUCGAGUACACCGAUGGAGAGAAACGUCAUCAAACGGAUGGGGGAGGACCAACAAUGAGUCUGUACUACAUUCAAAAGUUGAAGAAGAAGUUGUCUCCUGCGAAGAUCUUGAGACUCAUCGAGGAUGGACGUCUUCCACUGCUUGUUAUCGAUGAGACUUGCUUGGUUUGCAGUUUGAGAGUCAAUAUGGAAGAAGAGGAAUUCCUUGUGGCCAGGAACAAGGUUUGGGAAAACCUUCCAACGUUUCCAAAUGAUCCGAGGACUCCAGAAGAGAAAGCAGAACGGAAGAUCACGUUGGAUGAGAUGACAAGACGAUGGGUUAGGAGACCACUCGAUGAGUAUCCACCGAUCCUUCGUGAGUUUCAUGACAGGCUCAACUUGCACUGGAAGAGAAAGUGGACCCCACCAAUGUUUUACGAGUUCUACGGCGAGCUGAACUUGCUUCUGAUGAAGUUGACCGAGGAUCGGCUGGCUGGAACUGGACUCUUUGCACCGGGAGUUGAAGAGGCUGAAAUCGCGCGAGACGCAGAGAAAGCCGCGGAGAAGGCAGCCAAGGAAGCGACGGAUCUGAUCAAUGUGGGUGAGGAAGCUGGAUCGGAUGCUUCGGAGACUUCAGAGGCUCCAAAAGAUGCUCCAGCAGCUCCAGUGGGCUCGGAUAACGCAGAAUUGACUGCUCCAACGGGCUCAGAUGCUCUGGAGACUACAGAGGCUCAAACAAAUGCCGAAAUGGGGACUUCAAACGUCCAAGUGGCUUCAGAAGACGCCACAGUAGCCUCAGAAGGCUCGGAUAACGCUGAAGACGCUCUGAAAAGCCUCAUCUGA